AAGCGGCUCUCCUUGUACCCCCCAUAGUGGGAUCCUGAUUGCUGCACCUGGCUGGAUUUUGCUCUCUUGCUGCUUUUGCCUGUCCUGUGGAUCCUAUUGCUGGAAAAAAAAUGGAGGCUGUGAUAGAGAAGGAGUGCAGUGCCCUGGGAGGUCUCUUCCAGACCAUCAUCAGCGACAUGAAGGCAAGUUAUCCUGUGUGGGAAGAUUUCAUCAGCAAAGCAGGAAAAUUGCAGUCUCAGCUCCGGACUACUGUAGUGGCAGCUGCUGCCUUCCUGGAUGCCUUCCAAAAAGUGGCUGACAUGGCAACCAACACUCGGGGGGCAACAAGAGAAGUUGGUUCAGCUUUGACCCGGAUGUGCAUGAGACAUCGUAGCAUAGAGUCCAAACUGAGGCAGUUUUCCAGCGCUUUGAUUGACUGUCUGAUCAAUCCGCUGCAAGAGCAAGUAGAGGAAUGGAAGAAGGUUGCUAAUCAGCUCGACAAGGACCAUGCUAAAGAGUACAAAAAGGCUCGUCAAGAAAUCAAGAAAAAGUCAUCAGACACUCUUAAACUUCAGAAAAAGGCCAAGAAAGGGAGAGGAGACAUUCAGCCUCAGCUGGACAGCGCCCUGCAGGACGUCAAUGAUAAAUAUUUAUUGCUGGAAGAAACGGAGAAGCAGGCGGUGAGGAAAGCCCUGAUCGAGGAACGCAGCCGCUUCUGCUCCUUUAUCUCCAUGCUGCGGCCUGUCAUCGAAGAGGAAAUCUCCAUGUUGGGGGAGAUCACUCAUUUACAGACGAUAUCUGAAGAUCUGAAGACUCUCACCAUGGAUCCCCACAAAUUACCCUCUGCCAGUGAGCAGGUGAUCCAUGACUUGAAGGGCUCAGACUAUAACUGGUCUUAUCAGACUCCUCCGUCCUCUCCCAGUACCACCAUGUCGCGCAAGUCCAGCGUCUGCAGCAGUCUGAACAGCGUUAACAGUAGUGACUCGAGGUCGAGCGGCUCGCACUCACACUCACCCACUUCACACUAUCGCUAUCGCAGCUCCAAUCUGCCCCAGCAGGCGCCAAUGAGGCUGUCCAGCGUCUCCUCGCACGAUUCCGGCUUCAUUUCCCAAGAUGCUUUUCAGUCAAAGUCUCCGUCCCCUAUGCCACCAGAAGCCGUCAACCAGAAUUCUUCCAGCUCUGCCUCCUCUGAAGCGUCUGAGACUUGCCAAUCGGUCAGCGAGUGCAGUUCUCCCACGUCCGUGAGCUCCGGUUCCACCAUGGGAGCGUGGGCCUCCACCGACAAGCUGUCUAAUGGGUAUCAUCACUAUGGCGAAUUGCCUAUGGCAGGCCAUUUCACCCAUUUCCCGCUCCCAGUGUCCCGCCCCUGGACCCGAUCUAGCUCCGCCCUCCCAGACUAUCACUAUUACACCAUUGGUCCGAGCAUGUUGCCGUCAUCUAAGGUCCCUACCUGGAAGGACUGGGCUAAGCCAGGUCCGUACGACCAGCCUACGAUGAACACGCUUCAGAGACGCAAACGUGAAGUCGAGACAUCUUCAGGAGCCCAGUUCAUGCAUCCUGGACUGAUUAGUGAGACUUAUUCACCCCGCAGUACAAGAAUGCUCGUGGCAUCAAGGCAAGGAGAAGAAGCAGAAAACUGUGACGAUCUUGCUCUUGCCCUGAGCAGAGGCCUACAGCUGGAUACACAGAGGAGCAGUCGGGAUUCUCUGCAAUGCUCCAGUGGAUACAGUACACAAACCACUACCCCAUGCUGUUCAGAAGACACCAUUCCAUCACAAGUUUCAGAUUAUGAUUACUUCUCAGUGAGCGGAGAUCAGGAGCAAGAGCAACAGGAUUUUGACAAGUCCUCCACCAUCCCAAGAAACAGUGACAUCAGUCAGUCAUACCGCAGAAUGUUUCAGGCCAAGCGCCCUGCAUCCACCGCAGGAUUGCCAGCCAACUUUGCUCCUGUAAUAGUCACUCCUGGUGUGGCCACCAUCCGGAGGACACCUUCCACGAAGCCAUCAGUGAGACGCGGUACCAUCGGAGGAGGUCCCAUUCCAAUAAAGACACCAGUUAUCCCGGUCAAAACCCCAACUGUCCCAGACUUUCCAGGUGGGCUACCCAGCAGCACCAGUGAAGAGACACCUGAGCAGAGUCCUGACUCGCCAUCUAUCACUGAAGGAACCAUGCUAGGCGGUGAAAUACCUACGUCUUUAUGGAGUGGGCAAGCUUCUGUAAACCCCCCGGUCCCGGGAACCCAGGGCAUUAUUGCAGAAGAACAAAGACCAGGCCGGUCAGAAAAUGAUGACGAAGAAGAUGAACGAGAUGGUCCUGUCAUUCCUGAACCCACAGGCCCACCAGAACCUGAGACAGCAGAUACUGCCCUGGCAGAUGCACCACAGGGAGAGGAUAUGCUCAAUGCAAUCCGCCGCGGAGUCAAACUGAAGAGGACCACCACAAAUGAUCGCUCGGCUCCGCGAUUCUCCUAGAAGAGUCGAAAAACCAAGGAGAGCCUUCCGAGCCGGGUACAAGGGACUGCAGCCUGACACUUGUCUUUAAUCCAUUCCAGUCUACGUUCGGAGGAUUUUGUAGGAGCAUACACAGGGUUGGCGAACUCUUCAAGAAACAAAUACUAUAACCGUUCAAAAAAAGAGCAGCAUA